CUAUAAGGUUCAAGGUUAGUUUUUGCGCGGGUAAGUUUAUAAACAAUAACCUGCAAAGACAGAUUUAUUGGAAAAACUUAAAAUACUUUUAAAAAUAAGUAGAAAUGGAUGUGGUUGAGUCUCAAGUGAUUCAAAAUCGAGUAAAAGACGAAGUUGGGUUCAGAUGUCAGAAGCUUUUUCAAGAUUUUCUUGAAGAAUACAAAGAAGACGACGAAGUAAAAUAUUUAGAACCAGCUAAAGAGCUGUUACAACAAGAACGAAGUACAUUGGAAGUGAAUUUUGAAGACAUAGAAAGAUAUAACCAAAAUUUGUCAACGACUAUAAUUGAAGAGUAUUACAGAAUCUAUCCAUAUUUGUGCCAGGCAGUGUCCAAUUUUGUUAAAGAUAGAAGUGAUUUUAAGAAAGAAAAAGAAUGUUAUGUGAGUUUUGUAGAUGUACCCACAAGGCACAAAGUCAGAGAGUUAAAGAGUGAGAAGAUUGGUACAUUGAUUAGAAUUUCUGGUCAGGUUAUUAGGUCACAUCCAGUUCAUCCAGAAUUAGUGUUAGGUACCUUUGUUUGCCUUGACUGUCAAACUGUUAUAAAGAAUGUUGAGCAACAAUUUAAGUUCACAAAUCCUACAAUAUGUCGUAAUCCAGCCUGUAACAACCGACGAAGAUUUAUGCUGGAUGUGGAUAGAUCAGUUUUUGUUGAUUUUCAAAAAGUUAGGAUCCAGGAGACUCAAGCAGAAUUACCAAGGGGUUGCAUUCCUCGCAGUGUUGAGAUUAUAUUACGAGCAGAAAACGUAGAAACUGUACAGGCUGGUGAUCGUUAUGACUUUACUGGGACAUUGAUUGUCGUUCCUGAUGUCGGUUCCAUAUCGCUACCGGGGGCGAAGGCUCAAUUAGAUUCGCAUCAUAAAUCAGGUGAUGAUAUAGAUGGAGUACGGGGCCUUAAGGCACUAGGAGUUCGUGACCUGCAUUAUCGUAUGGCAUUUUUGGCGUGCAGCAUACAAGCUACAAAUCCCCGAUUUGGAGGCAUUGAGCUACCUGCGGACGAGAUUACGCCUGAAAUGAUGCGCAACCAGAUGUCUGAAGCCGAGUGGAGACACAUGUACGAAAUGAGCCAUGACAAGAAUCUUUAUCAAAAUUUAAUCACCAGUCUCUUUCCAAGCAUUUAUGGUAAUGAGGAAGUGAAAAGAGGUAUCUUGCUGAUGUUAUUUGGGGGCGUUUCAAAGACAACAGUCGAAGGAACGACCUUAAGGGGUGACAUUAACGUAUGCAUCGUUGGAGAUCCUAGUACAGCCAAAUCACAGUUUUUAAAACAGGUUUCGGAAUUUUCUCCUCGAGCUGUUUACACUUCAGGGAAGGCGUCCUCGGCUGCUGGUUUAACGGCUGCUGUGGUCAGAGAUGAAGAGUCGUCAGAUUUCGUUAUAGAAGCUGGAGCUUUAAUGUUGGCCGAUAACGGCGUGUGUUGUAUUGAUGAAUUCGACAAAAUGGACUUAAGAGAUCAAGUGGCUAUCCACGAAGCAAUGGAGCAGCAAACCAUUUCAUUGGCGAAAGCGGGGGUGAGGGCCACAUUGAAUGCGAGAACGUCGAUUUUAGCGGCGGCAAACCCCAUUGGCGGCCGUUACGACCGUGCCAAGUCCCUCCAACAGAACAUAGCACUCUCUGCACCCAUAAUGUCUCGUUUCGAUCUCUUUUUCAUUCUCGUGGACGAAUGUAACGAAGUAGUCGAUUACGCUAUCGCUAGAAAAAUUGUUGAUCUGCACAGCAACAUCGAAGAGUCAAUUGAAAGGGUUUAUUCCAAAGAGGAGGUCUUGCAUUACAUAACAUUCGCAAGAAAAUUUAAACCGGUUAUAAAUAAAGAAGCAGCUGAGCUUUUGGUGCGCCACUACAGUCACCUGCGUCUUAGAGAUAGCACGUCGACUGGAAAGUCGACCUGGAGGAUAACAGUUCGCCAACUUGAGAGCAUGAUACGAUUAGCUGAAGCGAUGGCCAGGAUGGAGGUGUCAGAUGAAGUCAGGCCUAAACAUGUCAAUGAAGCUUUUCGAUUACUUAAUAAAUCUAUUAUAAGGGUUGAACAGCCGGACAUUUAUCUAGAUGAAGAGCCAAACGUUCAGCACGAAGACGACGAAAUGCGAGACAAAGGGGACGACGAAACAAUACAGGAAACUGAAGAACCUGCUCCUCCUCCGAAGAAAAAGUUGGUCUUGAGUUUUGAAGAGUAUAAAACGCUUAGUAAUAUGAUCAUAGUACAUAUGCGUAGAGAAGAGGCGAGAUUAGAAGAGGAAAAUAAGGAAGGCAUUCACAGAAGUGAUGUAAUUGCCUGGUAUUUAAAUUUAAUUUCCGACCAAAUUGAAAGUGAAGAUGAACUAGUAGAAAAGAAGGAGAUGAUAGAGAAAAUAGUCGAUAGACUUAUCUAUCACGACCAAGUUAUUAUCCCUCUAAGAUCUGGAGCUCGAAGAGACGAUGAAAAUGAGGAGGAAGAUCCUUUGUUAGUGGUGCAUCCUAAUUAUAUCAUUGAUUAAUUUUUCUCUCCUGUAAUUUAUUAUAAUUUAUCUGGUGUAUGAUUUUCUUCUCUUUUACCUACUAAUAAGUUUAUUAUAGUUUUCUUUUUUUUAGUUCACUUUCGU